ACAAGGAAAUCUUAAAGAUGUGAACGACAUCUAAAAUUGUAAGUGUUGUCAUUUAAUGAAUGCAAGAUCCUGAGAAUAAAACAAUAUUGAACGUUUGGAAUAAUUGAUAAUUGACAACAUUUUAGGGAUAAGACAGGAGAUCCUUUGAAAAAAACUGUUUCUUACGUAUGAUGUCUGAUACCAACAGCAAUGCAAGUGUGUCUUCUGCACGCACACGAGUAACAAAUAGAAAAAAACAAGUGGACAAACUUCCUGGAGUGGAAGCUUACCUACGGAGACGGGGAUCAACGAACCAAAUAUUUGCACCUAGCGACUUAAAUAACUUAGAACAGUACGUCAACAAGAGGCGUCGUUCAUCAGUUGGACUUCUUCAGCUUGGAGAAAAGGAAAACAUUUUUCGUGAAAGUUCUAGUAAAAGUUUAGGACGACGACAGUCAUCUGGGUCUUUCUGGGAACAGACAGAUGGACAGAAGGUACAAGAAGAAUAUACGCCUAAGAAAAAGACUAAAGCUAGACACAACCUUUUAGACAAAAAAUCUCUUUAUUCUAUUACUCAAGAAAAUAUUGCCGGGAAAGAUAUGCAAUUCCGUGACAAGCCGACUAUCGGCGACAGGUUUAUUUCAACCAACAAUAUCGAGCAAAAGUUGGAAAGAGAAUAUAUUUUAAAGACGCACCUCCGUGAAAAUAAUCAGACCAAAUUUGAAAACGUUAUUAUGAGGCAUUUUUAUAAAGCUCCGACACCGAAAACGCAUCCAGGAUAUGGGAUGCCACGCCCAGACACCAGGGAAGACAUAGUUGAAAUGAGCGAUACACAAGAAGGCCCAAGUUUAAUCAAAGUUAACUCAUACCCGUCUCUUUCAAACCCCCAAAAAUGUCAAAAGGGCCAUGACUUUUGUGAAGUUCUUGGUCCGGCAUCCUGUUCAACGUGUAUUGAGACUACAAACAGAUAUAUAUCUGACGAACUUCAAAGAAUCAUGCACCCAACGAUAGACAUGAACAGAGACAAAUUAAUAAAACCAAAGCUUUCUAAAGUUAUGAAAAAUGGACAUAUGUUUCAAGUUCGAAAGAAAAACAUGGAUGAUCUCGACUAUCCGGAAGAGUUCGCAAUGUCAUUAAGGCGACAAGAAACUCAAUUAAGUCAAUUAACUAAAAGUGCUGUUGCUCGGUUAAUGACAAGUAGGUCUGGCUACAAAAAGCGAAGUUCCCAUACUAGACGUAAAGCCGUCUCUGGAAUCUUACCAAGAAGCCUUAAACCAUUAGAAUAAUAACAAAUUUCAAAAUAUGUGUUCUAUUUUCACCAAUUAUAAAACAACUAUUGAAACACCAUACAAGAUUACACAAGGAGGGACAAAGAAAAGACAGAUAAUACGCGUCCGUCUAUUGUGAUCUCAAUGUUUUUAAUACUAACAAAGACUUAACAUUGCAUGAUAACUUAAUGAAUUAUAGAUUCACACACACCAAAUAUUG